CAUCUUACUACUUCCCUCUCAAGCAGUACAACAGUAAAAUCAUCACCAUGAAGUUCAGCGUUCUCACCACCCUCACCGCCAUGCUCGGUAGCGCCGCUGCGGCCAACCAGGCUAUUGUCAUCAACGACUGCUCUACCGCCAUCUAUGUCCAGUCUUAUCCCUACAACGGCGCAGCGCCAGGCCCCUUGACUACCGUCAAGCCUGGUCAGCGAUUCUCCGAAAACUUGCUCGCCAGUGGCUCGACUGUUAAGAUCGCCACCACCAAGACCCUUACCAACCCGCUCUUCUUUGGUUAUUCGUCUACCUCUAAGCCCGACUAUGUUUACUAUGAGUUCAGCACUCAAUUCGGCAACCCCUUCGCUAACCAGCACAACAUCCUGAGCCCUGGUGCCGGCUGCGAGAAGUUCGACUGCGCUGCGAACGACGCCAAGUGCUACAGCACUCCCAGCAUGAAGAAGGUCUACGGUUGCCCCAGCCCUGUCAAUGUGUACGCCAAGGUCUGCGCCAAGUAAAGGGCGAGUCCCAAAAAUGCAGCUGCUCUGGGUGCAGUUAAUUAUGCCGUUCGCACGACUGGCACCUCAGGAUCAUGGGGUGAGUCCAUUGGAGAAGAAACAAUUAUUUUCAAAAGACUUGUGUGGAGCACUCGUGCCGAUAGCAACGUAUAUAUUCACAAACGUAUAUUAUUCUGGAUUGUCCCAUUCGCCUUUUUGACACUGUGCCGCAGUGGAACGUGUUGUCUUAUGAGAUGACGAAUUUUCCAAACUCACCAA